AUGGAUUGGAAGAAAGCGACAAAGAAGAGUUGGAAAAACAACGAUACAGAGGCUACGUGGAUCAAUGUCCAUGGUUUCGGAGUGGGCUGGUACACCGACACUCUCGCAGAAUUUGACCCCUCCGUCAAAGGCAUGCAGCCCGCACAGUACAGGACUAUCGCCCCGAUUUCGACCGAUCUUGCGUUCAAACAGCUCUGCACGCAUACGGCAUCGAGCUGCACCCUGGCGCACAUCAGAGAUGCUAGUUUUCCGCCCGCUGUCGAAGUAAACAAUCACCCGUUCAUUUACGGGAAAUACGCCUUCAUGCAUAACGGUAGUGUCGACAGCUUCCGCGUCAUUCGAUACGACGUCAUGACAAGAAUUUUCGAUCUACAAACCAAAGUGCAACAGUACCAGUACAAGUCCUCUGUUCAAGAUUCCAACUAUAUUUUCGGCAUCCUAGGAAACACCGACACUGAACAUUUAGCUACCCUCUAUUUUGCUCACCUCGACAUUAUCAAUGCUGAAAAGCCCUAUUCCGGCGCUGACUCGACUGAUGCGCUGCUCCUCGCUCUUAUCCUCACCAUUGCUGAUAUUCACGCAAUUCAAUUCAAACACAAAGUUGGCCCCUUCACGCCCGGUCCUGGCUCGGAACGUGUUGGAAAUGCGCUGAAUUUAUGCAUCACUGACGGUGGAGUACAAAUGGUCGUAAGUCGUUGGAGAGACGCGAAGGAAGGUUACCCUCGUAGCCUUUACCUUUCGCUCACCGCUGGCGAGAAACUCAACAGGAAAUACUUCCCUGAACUUCCUGCUCCAACUGAGUCAGAGGAUGUCGACAAUACCGACGUCAAGAUUGACUCGGUUAGGGAGCUGGUAGCUCGAUACGAGCCCACUCAACAAGGACGCCAUGUCAUCGUUGGUUCCGAACCUUGCACGCACUAUGUCCAGGACUGGGGUCUCUUCGAUCAGAACCAGUGUGUGACGGUCAAUAAAGAACGCAAGUUGAGGAUCAUCAACUUGGCCAAAUUCUUCCGACCUGGGCGCGAGCACGAGUUCAAACGAUACCACUUCACGGAAGUCUUGAACGAAAUUGCCAAGAAGGAGAAACUUACCACCUCUCCGAAAAUUGGAAUACCGGAGCAUAUUAUUGAUCUUCCGGAAUCCAAGUCUGAUGCUUUCGAGACUGAGCUGGACUUGGACGCGCCCCAGAAGUAA